AUGGCCAAACUGGCCCUCGAUUUUUUAUUUUUGCGACGGUUUGGACUCCUUCUCAAAAUUCUAUUUCCCGUACAUCGGCACGCAUCAACGACAUGGAUUGCUUUAUUUGUUGUGAUCUCAACGUUUAUCGACCAAAUAAUGACAUAUCUCGUGGGAAUUCAGCCUAGUCUUUUCUAUGUUGCGCUUGGUAACAAAGAUCUUUCCAGCUUUAAGUUCUUAUGUGCAAAAGGAACUUUACUAAUAAUUGGGAAAGCAUUUACGCUAGCACUUACUAAAUUUUUGACCACUUUUCUAUCAAUUAAAUGUCGCGAGAUUUGCAAUUUGACGUUGCACCGUCUUUACUUCAAACGCCAAGCGUUUUUCAAACUGAACUGCUCUACAGACAACUUGGACAACCCAGAUCAGCGUCUGACGCAGGAUAUUGAAAAAACGACGAGAAUCCUAUGUAUCGACCUUCUCGCUCCAGUCUUGACCGCGCCAUUCAUUAUUGGAUAUUAUACAUGGCUCACUUAUGAUAGUGCUGGCUGGGUAGGUCCCGCAGCUAUCUACGGCUACUUCACGAUUCAAACAGUCGCCAACAAAUUCUUGCUCACUCCAAUUGUCGGACUUGUCAAUGAGCAAGAAAAAAAAGAAGGAAAUUUUCGGCAAAGACAUAUGGAAGUUCGAGCAAAUGUCGAAGCCAUUGCAUUUUAUCGCUCAGGCGUUCUCGAAAAUGUGAUGGCCAACCAAAAGCUCAGACUUCUCGUCGCAAUUCAGAAGAAACUGACAGAAUGGAGAUUCGCUUUAGGAUUUGUUACCAACAUUUUCGACUAUUUUGGAGGAAUUGUCUCGUACUUGAUCAUUGGGUUUCCAAUUUUCUUAACACAUCAAUACGAUGAUAUUAGCGGUUCUGAAUUGAACGCCAUCGUGUCGAGGAAUUCCUUCUACAAUCUAUACCUGAUCUAUAGCUUCUCGACAGUUCUCAAAUUAGCAGGCGACUUCGGGGAACUUGCUGGAGUCACACAUCGUGUCAUUGAGCUGCACGAGGAGCUCAAUCGUCUUCAUAUAGACUGUUUGGAGACUGAUCGACCGCCAUCCACUGUUCCAUCAUCGGUUGUCGUCAUCGCCGCCGAUGAUGAAGAUAAGAGUCGAAUGCAGACAAUUGAGGAGAUUCAUGGAAAACAGCUCUCGUUAGAGCGUGAUGAACAAGAGGAAGAAGAAGCCCAAUAUCUUCUAGGCGGAAAAUCGAAAGAUGAAGACGAAUGGCCAGAUGAUGGUGUUGCGAUUACUGUAGAUUCUGCUACAUUGUCGCCACCCACUGAUCACAGUCACAUUAUUGUGCAAUUACUAUCCUUACAAAUCAUCCAAGGACAGACAUUGCUCAUUACGGGCGAUAGUGGCUGCGGUAAAUCUUCGCUUCUACGAAUGCUUGCAGGUCUCUGGAAUUGCUCAUCAGGAAAAGUGGACUGUCAUUGGCGGCGUCGAUCGCAGAACUUAUUCUUCAUUGCGCAAAAACCAUAUUUCCCAUCUGGUGGCGUUACACUUCGCCAACAACUCGUUUACCCUAUUAAGGCUUUGCCGGUCGAAAAAGAAGUAGCUCGUUUGAGAAACAUCCUUGCAUGGGUACAUUUGGAGUAUUUGAUCGAGCGUUGCGGAGGAUUCGAUGCGCCAGUGGAUUGGGAUUGGAUGAAGAUGCUGUCGCCAGGAGAGUUGCAGCGACUAUCGCUGGCUCGUGUAUUCUACACCCAUCCGAGAAUCGCGUUUCUUGAUGAAUCGACAAGUGCAAUUGGAUUUGAGCAUGAGAUGAGUAUCUACAAAAAGUUGCAAGAGGAGAAAAUCACCUAUGUAACCGUUGGUCAUCGCUAUUCACUCAAGCAGUUCCAUGAUAUGGAAUUGAGAAUGAAGGGACGCGGUGGUGAAUGGACUCUCCAUGACAUCGAUACGGCAUCGAUUGCUAGUAGAACGGCUAGCUUCCUGGGAACAGACACCGUUCUUUCUAUGUAA